UCCUGCUGCAGGAUGAGCUGGACCGUCUCCACGCUGCCGCAGAGCACCGUGCUGGUUUCCUCUGAGGAGGGCGACUGGUCCACCGGGAUCUGCGACUGCUGCCAAGACAAGAAGCAAUGCUGCUUCGCCUUCUGGUGCGGCCCCUGCUUCGCCUGUCGGACCACCAGGGAGUUCGGCCAGUGCCUGUGCCUCCCCCUGCUGGACGCCCUGGGCUGCGUCCAUCCAAUCGCCAUGUCCAUCAGGGUGUCGCUGCGCCAGCGCUACGGCAUCAGAGGCAGCCUGUGCAGAGACUGCUUGUGCUCCACCUUCUGCCUUCCCUGCGUUUGGUGCCAGAUGGCCACAGAGAUGGAGAAGAGGAAACUCCCGACUGUUCUCAGUGACAUCAUCAGCAGACGAUGAUUUCAUCAACAGACGAUGGCGUCAUCAGCAGUCGCCUUUGAUGAAUCAUUUCAACCAUAGACAUGAAUACAUACGAUUUAAACAUGUUUAAUUGAUUUAAGGUCCUCCUGUUUGAAUAUUCUCAUAUUUAUUCAGUUUGUUUCCAUUUUUAUUUAAUGUUUUGAUGUUAACCCUUAAACUGUGUGGAAAUGCUUCAUAUAAAGAUUAUACAUCACAACAUUUUACAGCUGUUUAUUAUUUAUCUUUAUUUCCUUAUGAAAAGAUGAUAAAUGUAUAAUAGAAACAUGCAAGUGGACCAUAACGGAUCCAAAAGCUUCAUAGAAUAUUUCCUAGGAGACGUAACACAGAGGCACCCUGACCAGGAAGUUAAAAACUUCAUUCAGCAGAGAAAGACUGCUGGAUUAAAACUGUGAUUAAUGAAAAAGAAAAUAUUCAGAUAAAAUGAAGCAGAACCAGAAUACUAGUACUGGA